ACUCUUAUGAAAUAUUAAGAAGUCGCGUUUACAUAUCCUCGGUUAUUAGAAUAAUACUGGUAAAGGCGAAGGGAAAACAAUUCGAAGAAACUCGUUCUUCUAUGGGUACAGGAUAUGGGGAGUGAGCCAUUCAGUAAUACCCAAACCUCCAUCCAUUAAGCAAUCAAGAUCGCGAAUAUAAAGCAUCGCUUCUCUUGGUGUAUUCAUACAUUUGUAAAUCAUACUAAGAACAAAGUCGUGUUGUUCUUUGUUUUCUACUAAGUUUCUUCGAUGAUUCGUUUAAUCUUGUCGAUACUUUGGGAAUAAACCAAUCAAAACUUGAGGUGCAAAAUAAAGAAAUACGUAUAAAAAAGAAAUAGAAAUAGCGCUUGGAAUUGAAUAAAUGUAAAGUUAGUAUUGAAAUUGCGUUCGUUGUUCAACGCCCUGUAAUCGGUAAUGCAAUUACUGCGGUGGAUAUUCACGUACCUAGCCGUGGGCGGUUGUUCACGACCGGCAUCCUGGACGUCGACGACGAAAAAGUUUCUGUACAAUGUUUACACGAUUGUUUUGUUACUCAUGAUACACGCUCUCCUGGUAACUCAAAUUCUGGACAUAGUGUUCAACGUCGAAAACCAGGACGAGUUCAGUGACAAUUUUUAUUUGACGCUGGGGAUCUUCGUUGCCUGUUGCAAAAUGUAUAAUCUUCUAACGAGUCACAAGAGUUACGUAAUUUUGAUCGACAGCCUCCAAGAGGAGCCUCUGAAGCCGGUCAACAGCGACGAAGUCGAGAUUCAAAUGAAAUUCGAGAAUUGGGCAAAAAGGAACAUAAUCGCCUACACAAUAGCAAUGGAGAGCUGCCUAGUAUUCAUGUACGCAUCGACGAUUACCAAAGAUUUCAAAGCGAAAAGAUUACCUUACCGAGCCUGGAUACCCUACGACUACUCAUCUUUAUUUCUAUUUUCCAUUACGUACAUUCAUCAAGCGCUAAGUAUGACGAUCUGCACGAUUUUAGACAUCGCCUGCGACAAUCUAUUCAGCGGCUUGCUGAUCCAUAUAUACUGCGUUUUCGAGAUACUUGGAUAUCGUCUGAGAAAUAUAAAGAAAUAUGGAAAGGAUUCGGCUAAACAAUGCGCUCGUCUUCAUAAUCAUAUAUACAAAUUCGCCACAAAAGUGAACGGGGUGUACAAGAUGAUAAUGCUUGUUCAGUUUCUGGCGACCAUUGCGACAAUGUGCCUCGAAAUUUAUCAACUGACCCAAAAGGAAGUGGACACGAAGUACGCAGUAAUGGUUACCUACACGAGCUCCGCGCUUAUGCAGAUAUUGUAUUACUGUUGGUAUGGGAACGAAGUCCGACUGAAGAGUCUCGCGAUUUCCGACAUGGUAAUGGAAUGCAAUUUGGAGUGUUUGGAUAGCGACGCUAAGAAGAUUCUUCUAAUGAUGAUGAAACGUGCAACGAUGCCUAUCGAAUUCACUAGCAUCUACGCUGUGGAGAUGAACCUCGCGUCUUUCAUGGGACUCCUGAAAACUUCUUACUCGGCGUAUAACUUGCUCAAUCAGAAUUAGGAGUAUCAUCGAGAAUGCGAGGAUUCACUCGGUAUAUAAAAAAGCCUAUCUCCUGAAAUCCUGCAAGUUAUAAUAAUUAAGACAAGAAGAAGAAAUUCGUAAAAGUAAAAUUUUUGUGAGUCGUGAUGCCAACGAGGUUGUAAGAAUUCCUCCCCUAGUAUUAAAACAUUAAUAAAACUAUUGUUUAUGAAUUAAACAAAUGGGAACA